UUGUUUAAUGUCAAUUUCUUUCUGUAUCAACAUCUGUCAAAACGCUCCAAAAUGGUACAGCGUCUUACAUUUAGGCGACGUUUGUCGUACAAUACCAAGUCGAAUCAAAGGAGAAUAGUUCGGACUCCUGGUGGUCGGCUUGUUUAUCAGUAUGUCAAGAAGCCUAAGAAGAUCCCAAGAUGUGGUCAGUGCAAGAGCAAACUCAGAGGUAUCCAACCCGCUAGACCCGCCGAGCGUUCCCGCCUCUGUUACCGUAAGAAAACUGUAAAACGUGUGUAUGGAGGUGUACUUUGCCACAAAUGUGUGAAGCAACGCAUUGUUAGAGCUUUCCUCAUUGAAGAACAGAAGAUUGUGAAGGUUCUCAAAGCACAACAAGCGAGCGCGAAAGCUAGCAAAAAGGCUGCAAAGUGA